GGCUCCCCCUCGCGGCAGAUUUACGACAUUGCCGCGACUCUUUACGGCAACAUGGCAGCGCACUUGUUCCUGUCGGAACUCGUUCGGCCCUAAGCUGUAAAACUUCGUCAUGGCGCGGCGGACGCAUGGCUCGCCGACGGAGUACAGGUGAACAUGAUAAUUUUAUGUUUUCGGAGCCCUCCGGCGCCGCUGUGCCGCAAAGCCGCCGAGUGUCUGCUGUCGGCGCGGUUCGGUGCUGCGUGUCGGCAAGAGGAGGUGAAGACGACAUGGCGGCUCCGGCGCGGAACACUCGUCCUCCCGGGGCCAGGAGGCUCCUGGAGUCUCGGCCUCAGAUGGGCGGACCUCCGCGCUCCCCGUCGCCUCGGCCCGCUUCUGUCGACGCGGUGGGGGCCGUGUCGGACCCAGCUCGUGCUACGCGGAGGUCACGGCAGCUUGGCGGUCAACUCCCGGGCUCUCCUGUCCACCGGAGGCCGAGAGUUCAGGGGGAAGAACGACCAGAAAGCGGACACGCCGCAGGGGGAGGCCUUCCCGGUACCCGGACAGGGCCUGUUUAAGUUUAAAGAACUGUACGAGAACCCGUGGACAAUCCCCAACCUGUUGUGCGUGUGUCGGAUAGUCCUGGCUCCUUUCCUGGGCCACCUGAUCAUCCAACAACACUUCCACCUCAGCCUGGCGCUCUUCACACUCGCCGGAGCCACUGACCUGCUGGAUGGUUAUAUCGCCAGGACGUGGCCCACGCAGAAGUCAGCGUUAGGAAGUGCCCUGGACCCGCUGGCGGAUAAAAUCCUCAUCAGCAUUUUAUAUAUCAGCCUCACGUAUGCAGACAUCAUACCAGCACCACUGACGGCUCUGGUGGUCUUCAGGGACAUUGGUUUGAUCGCAGCGGUCUUUUGGGUCAGAUACAAGACGGUGCCGCCACCGGUGACCCUCAGUAAGUUUUUUAACCCCUGCUACACGACUGCUCAACUCAAGCCGACGCUAUUCAGCAAGGUGAACACAGCCAUCCAACUGGUUCUGGUCGCGGCAUCCUUGGCGGCUCCAGUCUUCCAGUACACCGACAGCAUCUUGCUGCAGGGCUUGUGGAUCAUCACCGCUGCGACCACCGCGGCAUCGGGCUACAGCUACUGGCACUACGGCCGUAAGACCGUCCGGGUGCUAAACACCAGGUCGCCAUGACGACAGCAAAAAUCACUCGUUAACAAGCCCGAGACAAACGAGGCACGAGUCGGACACGCGAGUGCCGGAUGACGGCCAAGAGUGGUGAGAACAAACAAAUGGCUGCUAAGGCGUGUCGCCAUGGCGAUGACUCGCCGCAGAUGGUGGUCCCGCCGCUCAUCCACUGGACCCACUGUAUGUAGAAAGAGCUUCUUCUAUUUUUACACAGAGCAAUCACCGUCACAUUACUGUACGUAUGAGUCGCGUAUGAAUGUUUGAUUUAUCAAUAAAAUUGAAAAUCUGUCCAAUGCAAA